AAGGUGAAGCAGAUUCAGAUGGAUACAUUUUGUUGAACGCUAACUUUGAGCUGGGUUUUGGUGUGGUUUUUAGAGAGAUGGGUUUUGUGAGUACUAUAUUAGGCUUCUGUGGAUUUGGAGUUGGGAUUUCAUUUGGCCUGGUGAUCGGAUACUAUCUGUUCAUCUACUUCCAGCCUUGUGAUGUUAAGGACCCUGUUAUUCGUCCAUUGGUUGAGCGAGAUACUAAAAGCUUGCAGCAGAUACUGUCUGAAAUUCCUCUUUGGAUUAAAUGUCCGGACUAUGACCGUGUGGACUGGCUCAACAAGUUUCUCGAGUAUAUGUGGCCUUACCUGGACAAGGCAAUUUGCAGAACUGCAAAAGAUAUUGCGGCACCAAUUAUUGCUGAGCAAAUACCAAAAUAUAAAAUUGAUUCUGUCGAAUUUGAAACACUAACUUUGGGGUCCUUACCUCCUACUUUCCAGGGGAUGAAGGUCUAUGUUACUGACGAAAAAGAAUUGAUCAUGGAACCAUCAUUAAAGUGGGCAGGAAAUCCUAAUGUCACUGUUGCGGUCAAAGCAUUCGGAUUAAAGGCAACUGUUCAGGUUGUGGACUUGCAGGUUUUUGCAGCUCCACGUAUUACUUUGAAGCCUCUGGUUCCAAGCUUUCCAUGUUUUGCCAAAAUCCUGGUGUCCCUCAUGGAAAAGCCACAUGUUGACUUUGGAUUGAAGCUUUUGGGUGCUGAUCUUAUGUCCGUUCCUGGCUUGUACAGGUUUGUCCAGGAGACCAUUAAAGAUCAGGUUGCUAACAUGUAUCUGUGGCCUAAAACUCUAGAAGUGCAGAUUUUGGAUCCAUCCAAAGCAAUGAAAAAACCUGUAGGGAUCCUGCAUGUGAAGAUUCUGAGGGCAAUGAAGCUGAGAAAGAAAGAUUUAAUGGGUGGAUCUGAUCCUUACGUAAAAGUUAAGCUCACUGAGUCAAAACUUCCUUCAAAGAAAACCACUGUGAAGCAUAAGAAUUUGAAUCCAGAGUGGGAUGAGGAAUUUAAUAUGGUUGUCAAAGAUCCAGAAACACAAGCAUUGGAGCUCUCUGUUUAUGAUUGGGAGCAGAUUGGCAAACAUGAUAAGAUGGGUAUGAAUGUUAUUCCACUGAAAGAUUUGACCCCUGAUGAAUCAAAAACUAUGACUCUGGAUCUCCUAAAGAAUAUGGAUUCUAAUGAUACUCAGAAUGAUAAGGACCGCGGUCAGAUCAUGGUGGAAUUAACCUACAAACCAUUUAAGGAGGACGAGGUGCCGAAAGAAUUUGAAGAGUCAGAUGCAGUACAAAAAGUUCCAGAAGGAACGCCACCAGGGGGAGGCGUCCUUAUGAUUACGGUCCAUGAAGCUCAAGAUGUUGAAGGAAAGCACCAUACUAAUCCAUAUGUCAGGAUUAUUUUCAGAGGGGAGGAAAGAAAAACUAAGGUACAAAAUUUCCUCUUCUUUCUAAUCCUUCAUUGCUCUCUACUUGGCAGGCAAUGAUAGAAAUGAGUAGGA